GACGUGUACUAUCUGAUGGACCUGUCAGCGUCCAUGAUCGAUGACCUGGAGAUGAUCAAAUUCUUGGGCUCCUCUCUGUCUGAAGAGAUGGCCAACCUCACCAGUAAAUUUCGCAUGGGCUUCGGUUCUUUCGUGGAGAAGCCGGUGCUGCCGUUCAUCAGGAUCACAGAGGAGGAGCUGGCCAACCCCUGCAGUGGCGUGGGCUCAACCUGCCUGCCAGCGUUUGGCUAUAAACACGUCUUGUCUCUGACGAGCAGAACAGACCAGUUCAACGAGAUCAUUUUGAAGCAGCGUGUGUCCGCAAACAUCGACUUGCCAGAGUGCGGCUUCGACGCUAUCAUGCAAGUGGCCGUUUGUGGGGACAAGAUAGGCUGGAGGAAUGACUCCAUGCGUCUGCUGGUGUUCGUCAGUGAUGCCGACUCACACUUCGGGAUGGACAGUAAGAUGGCCGGCAUCGUGAUUCCUAACGACGGCCAGUGUCACCUGGAUGGCAACAACGAGUACUCCAUGUCCACAGUGCAGGAGUAUCCGACUCUCGGUCAGCUGAUUGAUAAAGUCAUGGAGAACAACAUCCUGCUGAUAUUUGCUGUGACCAAGGAGCAGACACAAAACUAUAAGAACUAUGCAGAUCUCAUACCUGGAGCCACAGUCGGAGCUCUGGCCACCGAUUCGAGGAACAUCCUGGAACUGAUUGUAACAGCGUACAAAGAACUGCGCUCCGAGAUCGAAGUAGAGGUCCACGGAGACACAGAGGAUCUGCAGAUGUCCUUCACAGCCAUUUGUCCCAAUGGUACUGUCCUGCCCGACCUGAAACGCUGCUCCAACGUCAAACCAGGGGAGACGGUCGUGUUCAAUGUGACCGUGGAGCUCCCGGGAUGCCUGUCAGGAGUCCGGCACUUCUCCCUCCGAGCGGUGGGCCAGCAGGACAGUCUGGAGGUGGAACUGGAGUCUCUUUGCUCGUGCGACUGCCGGCAGCCCCCUGAAGCAAACAGCAGCCAGUGCACCGAGGGCCUGGGGGAGUUCCAUUGUGGCGUGUGCGUGUGCCAGCCGGGGUUCCUGGGAGCCCAGUGCGAGUGCAACGAGGAGAGCAUCUUGUUGAGCAACUGCCUCGCCAGCAAUGAGUCCGAAGUGUGCAGCAGUCAAGGGAAGUGCUACUGCGGCCAGUGUGUGUGUCAUGCAUCCAGCUUCGGCCGCAUCUAUGGACCUUACUGCGAGUGUGACAACUACUCCUGUGUUCGCUUCCGGGGAGAACUCUGUGGAGGCCAUGGAUUGUGCGACUGCGGUGAGUGUCACUGUGAAAGUGGUUGGACGGGGGAGUACUGCAACUGCAGCACCAGCACUGAAGCGUGCAUGUCGGAGGACGGCUCUGUCUGCAGCGGCCGGGGGAAAUGCAAGUGUGGCCAGUGUGCCUGCGCUGUACCCGGAGCGUCUGGGGACAAGUGUGAGAAGUGCCUGACAUGUGGAGACGCCUGUAGCUCUGCAAGGAGCUGUGUGGAGUGUCACCUCCUAGAUAAGGACGAGGCUGAGCUCUGUGAACAGAGGUGCAGCGUUCCUAAAAUGUCCGUCAACACAACAGAAGAUUAUGACAAGAGCUCCUCUUUGUCAUGCACGCUGAUGACGGAGAACGAGUGCUGGAUCUCUUUUGAUGUGGUGGAAAGUGAGACAGGUACCACUGCCUACAACCUCCAGAUGUACGGUUGCCCAGAGCCUCCGAACAUCCCCAUGAUCAUCCUGGGAGUCUCCCUCUCCAUCGUGUGUAUCGGCCUGAUCCUGCUGGCGGUGUGGAAGGUGCUGGUGUCGGUGCACGACCGUAAAGAGGUCGCCAAGUUUGAGGCGGAGAAAUCAAAAGCGAAAUGGCAGUCGGGGACCAACCCUUUGUUCAGAAGCUCGACGUCCACCUUCAAAAAUGUAACUUACAAGAACACACAGAGAGAAAAGACCAUAACCAUGAAUUCCUACUGA